UCGACGGAGGCCGGCACAGCGGCAGCUUCAGGCUCUCGCUCUCGGACUGGAGCGCAGCAUCCUCGCUGCGGCUACCGCUGCUGCACCUGGUCAGGUGGCAUUCACCAUCAGUAUUUUCUUCUUUCAUCAUCAUCAUCAACAGCACCACGACCACCGCCAUCAACAUUUCUCUUCCUUCCAUCAGAGCUCUUCAAGUUCUGCAAAAGCAGACUCUGUUCAGGCAUGCUGGGUGGCAUCAUGUUUUUGACAUCUCAAAGCCUGGAGCCUGCCCAAGCGAAGGUCGAUAGAGAUUGAUGAGUCCUGGAUCAGUCAUACUAUGCGGCAGGCUCGUUGCUGGAGAUGACUGUCAGCUGCUUUCCCCACACUGCCACCAUCACAUGCCCCACCACCGGAGCCUCAGAAGCCUGACCACAGACCAGCAUCUCCAAGGCAUGAAUAAUUAGGUAGGCAUAAUGGAAGGCACUCACUGCUCCCUCCAAUUGCGUAAACCCAUUACCGAACUCUGCUACAUCAGCUUCUAUCUUCCAAGGGGUGAAGUCAGAGGAUUUUCGUACAAGGACACCGUAACUCUAGACAGAGCCAGUAAAGGGUUUCAUAACUGCUACCAAGUCAGGGAGGGGUCCGACAUCCACAGCCUCAGCCUGCAGCCAAGCGAACAUCCAGGCGACAUCUUUUUCAAGCCAACUCCCACGAAAGACAUUCUGACUGAGCUGUACAAACUCACCGCCGAGAGGGAGAGACUGCUGGCCGGUCUGCUGAGCUCAGACCACAUCCUGGGGAUUACGAUGGGGAACCAGGAGGGGAAGCUGCCUGAACUCUCUGUGAGCCUGGCCCCCGAGGAUGACUCUUUCCAGAGUGCUGGCGACUGGCUGGGGGAGCCCGCCGUGGGCUGUCUCAACAAGAGGAGCUCCCACGGGAUCAAAAAGGCCCGGAGGUUUGGUGGAAGGAGAGGGAGCUUUGACGGACUGUCUCAAAGCUCCCUGCAGAAGAGGGCAAGAAGAAAGGGGCAUGGGGAACAGGAAUUGGGUCCCCUGCUGGGGAAGGACCAGGUCUUUUCCAGCAGUUCCCUUCCUGUCUCUCGAACAAGGCCUCAUCUUGGGCUUCUGGAGGAGAGAGGCAACUUGCUCCUCGAUGGGACGCUUACUUCAUCCCUGCGGAGGAGAGAGAGCUGCACCCUAGAGGUCCCCAGGCCACUGGAUGCUGACUCUGGCUCGGGAAGCAUCAAGAAGCCUUCUGAAGAUGUGGGGCUGGGAAGGGGCGGGCUGCCCACUGACUGCAGCUCCACGGAGCCAGGGGAUGAUAGCGCGAGGGAGCUAAAGAGAACCCCUCGCAGGCUGUUGCAUCAGCAAACAGGCUUGACUGAAAGUCACAAGGAGCCUGAGAAAGAACCAGAGGCAGAGAGAGGCCGGAGAGCAAAGGCUGCUGAGUGGACUCACAGGAAGAAGCCUGUCUCCAGAGUGGUGGCCAGAGUCCAGGAUCUGUCCACUCAGGUACAGAGAAUAGUCAAAACGCAUCCUGCGGGUGAGGCAAAGAUUGCCCCUGGCCUAGCAGCCCCAGCUGAGUUCAUACCCAGCGCAGACUUGCUCACACUCCCGGGAGCUGAGGCUGGGGCUUGGGGAGCCAGGGGCCUGGACAAGGAACAGCGAAAGGACAGGUCAUGGCAGCCAUCAGCUGGGGAAUGCCCCCCAGCCAGCACUGAGGGGGCUGUGAACAAGGUCCUUCUGAAGGUGAUAGAGAGCGAGAAGUUAGAUGAUGCCGCUGAGGGCAAACGGCUGGGCUUUCCCUUUGGGACCAUUGGCAUCCACACCCUCCCAGAAGCCAGGAGCAGGAGGGGAGCUGGGCUUGGAAGAGGCAAAACCUUGUUUCUGGAUCUGCCCCGUGGUGGCGUGGACCCUGGAAGUGAUGAGAAGAGGCUGCCCCCACCAGCGCUGGCCACUCUUGGCUCGGUAAUUAAUAAUUCAUCCUUUCCACCCAGCACGCACAAGCGGAUGUCACCUGUUCCCUCCCCUCUCUCUCCAAGGCUCCCCAGCCCUCAGCAUCAUCACAGGAUCCUCCGGCUCUCCUCACCGCCUGGAGAGAGGGGAGCCGCUCUUGAUGACUCUCUUUCCCGAAGGAGCCGUGCUUUCUCUGGGUCCCUCUCUGCUGACACCUUGGAGCCACCAUCCUCUGCCAAGGUCACGGAGACCAAAGGGGCCAGCCCCACCUCCCUCAGAGUGGGCCAACCUCGGUUGGUGCCCAGGGAACCUCUGGAAAAGACCUUGGGGCCGGGGAGGACCACAGCUCAGCCCCAGCACCAGUCACCUCCAGGCAUCUCCUCUGAGGGCAUUGCCCGGGACGGCUUCAGUGAGCAGACAGCCGCCAAAGACCUUCCCAGCAAAGAUGGAGGUGCAUGGGUCCUGGCUUACAGAGCAGGGCCAGCCUGUCCAUUUCUGCUCCAUGAGGAAAGAGAGAAACCCAACAGAAAUGAAUUGCACUUGGAUCUCCAUCCUGACCACAGUCCCACUGAGCAGGAUGAUAGGAUUCCUGGCAGACUCCAGGCUGUCUGGCCACCACCGAAGACAAAGGACACCGAAGAAAAAGUGGGAUUGAAGUACACUGAAGCAGAAUACCAAGCUGCUAUUUUACACUUGAAGAGGGAGCAUAAAGAAGAAAUUGAAAACCUACAGGCUCAGUUUGAACUUCAAACCUUUCACAUCCGGGGCGAGCAUGCAGUGAUAACAGCAAGACUAGAGGAAACCAUUGAGAAUCUCAAACAUGAGAUAGAACACCGACGGCAAGGAGGAUGCGAAGAGAUGAGAGAUGUGUGUGUCUCCACGGAUGAUGACUGCCCUCCAAAGACUUUCAGAAAUGUGUACAUCCAGACAGACAGAGAGACUUUCCUCAAACCCUGCGAAGGUGAAAGCAAGACAACCAGAAGUAACCAAAUAAUACCUAAAAAGCUGAACAUCUCCUCUCUAAGCCAGCUCUCUCCCCCAAAUGACAACAAAGACACCUGUGUACCACCUGUGGAAGGCAGCUCAUUGAAUCAGCAGAAAGCAACUCCUCCCCCUCCCCCCCCUCCUCCUGCCCCACCGCUGCCAGCAGGCAUCCCUCCCCCGCCUACCCUCCAGCCUGGACUUGGACCUUUGCCACCAGCACCUCCGCCGCCACCUGUGAACACUGGACCGCCCCCGCCUCCACCACCUCCUCUGCCUCCAAGUGCCGGACCUCCCCCACCUCCGCCGCCCCCGCCUCUCCCUCCUCCUGUCCCUCUGCCCAGUAGCGGGGGUCCUCCUCCUGCUCCAGCACCCCCGGGACUUGCACCCCCGCCUCCUCCUGGACUCUUCUUCGGAGUUGGCCCUUCUUCUAGCCAGUGUCCUCGGAAGCCAGCCAUUGAACCCAGUUGUCCAAUGAAGCCUCUGUACUGGACUAGGAUACAAAUAAGUGAUAAGAGCCAAAAUUCUACACCAACUUUAUGGGAUUCCUUAGAAGAACCUGAUAUUCGGGAUACUAGCGAAUUUGAGUAUUUAUUCUCCAAAGACACACCUCAGCAGAAGAAAAAACCUCUCUCAGAGACCUAUGAGAAAAAAAACAAGGUCAAAAAGAUCAUCAAAUUAUUGGAUGGAAAACGAUCUCAAACUGUGGGAAUCUUGAUCUCUAGUUUGCAUUUAGAAAUGAAGGAUAUCCAGCAGGCCAUUUUUAACGUGGACGAUUCUGUGGUUGAUCUGGAAACCCUGGCAGCCUUAUAUGAAAAUAGAGCCCAAGAGGAUGAACUCGUUAAAAUAAGAAAGUAUUAUGAGACAUCCAAGGAGGAAGAAUUGAAGCUGCUGGAUAAGCCUGAACAAUUUUUACAUGAGUUAGCCCAGAUCCCUAAUUUUGCUGAACGUGCCCAGUGCAUAAUCUUCAGAUCUGUCUUUUCUGAGGGUAUCACUGCCUUGCACCGAAAGGUAGAGAUCAUCACACGAGCUUCUAAGGGCUUGCUGCACAUGAAGAGUGUAAAAGAUAUUUUAGCUCUCAUUCUGGCUUUUGGAAAUUAUAUGAAUGGAGGAAACAGGACUCGGGGACAAGCAGAUGGAUAUAGCUUAGAAAUUCUGCCCAAACUCAAGGACGUCAAAAGUCGGGAUAAUGGGAUUAAUCUGGUCGACUACGUGGUGAAAUAUUACCUGCGUUACUAUGAUCAGGAAGCAGGAACAGAAAAGAGCGUUUUCCCCCUGCCUGAACCACAGGAUUUCUUCUUGGCUUCUCAAGUCAAAUUCGAAGACCUUAUAAAAGAUUUGAGAAAACUGAAGAGGCAACUAGAAGCAAGUGAGAAACAGAUGGCAGUUGUGUGUAAGGAGUCGCCAGAGGAGUAUCUGCAACCGUUCAAGGACAGGCUCGAAGAGUUCUUCCAGAAAGCCAAAAAGGAACAUAAAAUGGAAGAAAGUCACUUGGAGAAUGCACAGAAAAGUUUUGAAACAACGGUAGGCUACUUUGGGAUGAAGCCAAAGUCUGGAGAGAAGGAGAUCACACCCAACUAUGUGUUUAUGGUGUGGUACGAGUUCUGCAGUGACUUCAAGACAAUCUGGAAACGGGAGAGUAAAAACAUAUCUAAAGAAAGAUUGAAAAUGGCUCAGGAAUCAGUCAGCAAGUUAACAGCAGAGAAGAAAGUGGAGACAAAGAAAAUCAAUCCCACGGCUAGUCUGAAGGAAAGACUGCGUCAGAAGGAAGCCAGUGUGAGCACCAACUAACACAGAGAUGUGGGAAAGCAAUGAUGGUGAGGCAUAGUACCCGCAUGAUCCUCUGUAACACCAAUACUACAAGAAGUCUUCAAAAGAUACGUCACUCAAUGUUUAUUUUGCUCAUCUCUUUCUGAGCACCCUGUGCCUUCUUAAAGAAGCCCCUUGUUAAGCCAUAGGAACAACGAAAUGCUGCUGAAGAAAUAUUUGAGAACUUCCAGAAGUCCAAAGUUUGCUCUGCUACAAGACCAGAGAAUUACCAAGAUUUUUGAGUUUUUCUUCUUCUUUUUUUUUUUUAAAUCAGAGACCUCAAGCUUUCUAACCCAGGCAUGAUAUAUGUAAACUUGUGACAGAAGAAGAGAUGAAUUUUUUGUGACAGCUGCCUUGAGCAAGUUCAAGCCUUGAUCUUUACAAUAAUCAAGCCUGCUGGUUUGAUUAUUGAUCUUAAUUUUGAUUCUAUUGCAGCAAGAUCCUGAAGCACCCUUCUUGCCAAAAAUGUUGAGACUUACCAGAAUUAUUUUAAGAGGCCCAAGACUGUAUGCCCCACACUCAAGAAAUGGUUAUUUUUUCAUUGUUUUUCAUGUGCUAGAAAGAACAGAAAAUGGAUUUGUACAUGGAUGGAGAAGGGGGUUAAAUAGUCAUAAACUUCUUUCUGGAGAAUAAAUUAUAAUACAGGUCGUUGGCAUCAGCCAUUUAGCAAGACCCAUUCUUCCGUUUUCAUAUCAGUUCAUUGAGGUUUCCCAGGCCACUAGGAAUUCUCUACCCUUUCUUAAAAAAAAAGAAAAAAAAAACAACUAUGAUAACUGAGCAGCAACUUGGGGUCAAAGCAUCUGCUUUGAUGAGUGACCCAGUAUCAGUCAGAGUACAUUUCACACCUCAGAUCAUCUAUGAGUGGACCCACCAUGUUGACCUGCCACUAAACUGUGUACACCAUGUUCCGGGACUGGAUAUGGCUGGACCUCUCCCACGCACCCCAGGAGGCAGUGUCUACACAAGAGAGAAAAUGCUGCUUGCAGCUAGUUAUCAUGACCUGGACUGACAGACAUGUGACCUAUGGUUGAAGCAGGAGGGGUUAAUGUCCCAAAAAGAGAGAGUAGAAAAAAAAGUUCUUUACAUCAAAAUGGGAAGAGGGUGAUUACAUUGAUAAUGAAUUUUGAGUUCAGUAGGCAGUUUUUUCUGACCCUGGAAGCCUGUGUGAUUACUGCCUCUAGAGUCACAGGAAAACCACCUUGGACCUCUCUCCUGACAUUUUUUCCUUAAACCACUCUCCUAUGCUGUGAGAGGAGAAGAGAGGAGACUUGGGGUGAACUGAAGUAAGGAUCAAAGCCUAUCAGGUUUCAGUCUUGAAAGGAGAGAGGUCCAAGCUUUCUCCUCCCAACUGAUGGAAGACCAUCUAGAGAAGAGCAGAAACCUUAAAACCCUUCCCCAUCUGCUGGUCAUGUGUGAGCUGCCCCUUGCCCCAGCAUCUUGCCAGAAUCGCUCAACUGGCCAAGUACCUGAGUGUCUCCCCAGGACCUGCCUGCUGGUUAUCAGCCCCCACGGGGACCCCAUAAUAGAUACAACCAAUUAAAGCAGCACCAUAUCCUAAUACAAUGCCCAGGAAUGCAGUCAGGAUCAAAUCUAGUGACAAAGCCAUAUUCCCGCAGGUGCUAGCCACUCUUUCUAAUAAUUAAAAAAAGGGGGGGAUAUAAUAACAUGGUUUGUUUUUUUUUUCCAAAAAAAAUAAAAGAAUGAGACAAGCAAAACAGAAGAGCUGGUAAGAACUUACAUGACUAAUAGUAGUUGCUUGUGAGCAAGCCUUUCAUACUGCUUUCUUCGAUUGUUUUUCUCUUCAUUUUCACUUAAUGGUGAGGACCUAAGAAAUUCCUCAAUUUGAAACAAAUCUUGCUUACAGCUACCCUAUGCUCUGUGACAGUCCUUCUGGUAUUAUCAGACAAAAGAAAAAGGACCUGUUUUACCCAUGCUCAAGUUGGAUUUCAUUCUAGUGGACAGACCAGAAAUUGGCAGUAAAAUAAAACCUUUUCUAAAGA